AAUGUAUAUAACGCCAGUAAUUUUGGACAUUUUCCCCUCAAAAUUAGUCUUAGGAAUUUUAGUUAUUAGAUGGCAAGAUAUCGUUAAAAAUAUAUGUACUUUGUAAGGGAUGGUUGAAAUUUUACUGCACAAUGCGGCAUGAAAGGCCUAGAUCAAGCCCACCUCCUUUUAUUUCUUUUCAUGCAUAUAGCCUGCACCAGUCUCUCCUCUUCUCUACAUGUGGCUUGCACAAAGCAUCUUAUAAUGGAGAAUGUGCAAUAAAGUCUCUAUGGGGCCUACCAUGAUGACUCGUCAACCAAUGUUAGGACGUCAAUCCAAAAAUUAGGCAGAUUGGGUACUUGAGUGAGCCACAACAAGGAAAACAGAGAGGAUGGGUCUACCAUUCCCUUCUCUCUCUCUAUCUGUGUAGCACACACCUGCUCUCUCCUUUUUUACUCUCCAUCUCCCCCCUCUGAAUCUCUAUCCUUUUUUUUUCUCCAUCCCCUCCUUGCUGCACAUGUGUCACACAUGCCAUACCCCUAUUUAUCAAUACUGAAAUGGUUUAAAAAACACCAUCAAUGUCUGGAAGUUAAAUAUUUAUUUAGCUUAUUGAAGGCUUUCAUAUCAUAGCUCUUUUUGUGUGAAUGAAUUUGUGAGAGAGAGAUGCUACAAUAAGAUGUCAUUCCAAUCUGCAUAUUAACAACAUCAUCUACUGGUCUAUACUUCAUAUUUGACUCAUGCCAUUCAUAGUGCAGAUAUCCAUGACAAAGAACUCAUGUAAGGUGUCACUCAAGGAAUUCAAACAUUGGAUGAAACCGGAACGGGCUAAAACUACAUUGACAAGUUUCCCUUCAUCAGCAGAAAUUGUAUCAGAACCACUAGGCGUUGUCUUGGUCAUUUCAGCCUGGAACUAUCCCUUCUUGUUAUCUCUUGAUCCAGUCAUCGGAGCUAUUGCAGUUGGCAAUGCUGUGGUCUUAAAACCAUCUGAAAUUUCACCAGCUACAUCCUCGUUAAUGGCAAGAUUAUUACCAGAAUAUCUAGACAGAUCUGUCGCACGAAUCGUAGAGGGGGCUGUUGCUGAAACAACUGCGCUGCUGGAGCAGCGCUGGGACAAAAUAUUCUAUACAGGUAAUGGAAAAGUGGGAUGCAUUGUGAUGGCUGCAGCUGCAAAGCACCUUACACCAGUUGUCUUGGAGCUCGGAGGAAAAUCUCCUGUUGUUGUUGAUUCGAACAUCAAUUUGGAUGUAAGCAGUAAACGAAUUAUUGCAGGUAAGUUGGCAUGCAAUAAUGGACAAGCUUGCAUUGCCCCCGAUUACGUCAUAACACGGAAAUCAUUUGCUCCAAAACUGAUAGAUGCUUUCAAACAUACAUUGGAGAAAUUCUAUGGGAAGGAUCCAAUGGAAUCAAAAGACUUGUCUCGCAUUGUAAAUUCCAACCAUUUCUCGCGCUUAGCAAAGCUCUUGGAUGACGAAAAGGUUGCUGGUAAGAUUGUCCAUGGAGGCCAACGGGAUGAAAAGCAACCAACUAUUGCCCCGACGAUCUUACUGGAUGUUCCACAAGACUCCUUAAUAAUGAAUGAAGAAAUAUUUGGCCCUUUACUUCCUAUCAUUACGGUUGACAAGGUGGAAGAUAGUUUCAAUGCUAUAAACUCGAAAUCGAAGCCUCCUGCUGCAUAUCUCUUCACCAAGAACAAGCAGCUCGAGAAGGAUUUUGUGAAUGCAGUCUCUGCAGGGGGGAUGCUCAUCAACGACACCUGCAUACAUGUGAUCCUCUUUUCAUUUUCCCAUGCAUACAUAAGCACAACAUGCAUACAUUCAUACAUGAUGGUCAAAAUGCCCAGAAUAGAUGAUUUUCUGCCUAGUUCUAAAGCUCGGUUACUCUAUGAAACUAGGCUGAGCAUGACUCAAACUGAGUCACUCGGCUUUGGAGGAGAAGCUUCUGCCAGGUAUCCGCCUUACACACCCAAGAAACAAAGGUUGCUGAGGGCCCUGCUCAAUGGUGAUAUCAUAGGCCUAAUUCUGGCUUUGAUUGGAUGGCCUAGAGUCUAAAUAGUAUGCCUGUUGUAUUUGAGGUGCUUGCCCUUUUACUUUCAGAUUUACUAUUUAAACGUGUCUUUGAAUUUAUCCAAGAUGAAAAUAAAACCAAUGGUGUGCAGAUUAGAUUAUUAUUAUUA